AUGCUGCCGGGCCCCCUUGAGCGCGGGCGUGCGGCGGCUGCAGUGUCGCGGCGGCGCCUCCGGGUGUCGCUGUUGGCCGCCGGCGAGCGCCGCUGGAGCCGCCGCCGCCGCAGCGUCCUGCCCCCGCAGGCUGCUCGCUCGCCCGGCGCCGGCCGCAGCGGCACCGACAGCAGCAGCGGCGGCGGCGAGAGGCGGCCCGAGCGGUGGCAGCGGCAGGAGGCAGGAGCGCGGCGAGCGCAGCGGGCAGAGAAUGGCGGUGAGGCGGCGGCAGAGGCUUGGGCCGGGCGGCGGGCGAGCGCUGCUGGCCGCGCUGCUGCUGCAGUGUGGCGUGUGGGCCGGGCGGCGGCCGAGCGGGUCCGCUACGCCAUCCCCGAGGAGCUGAGCAGAGGCUCGCUGGUGGGGCCGCUGGCGCGGGACCUGGGGCUCAGCGCGGACGAGCUGCCGGCGCGCAAGCUGCGGCUGAGCGAGGAGAAGCAAUACUUCACGGUGAAUGAAGAGAACGGGAACCUGUACGUGAACGAGAGGCUGGACCGGGAGGAGAUGUGCAGCGAGUCGGCGACCUGCACUGUCAGCUUCGAGGCGCUGGUGCAGAAUCCGCUGAACGUUUUCCACGUCGAGGUGUCCAUCGAGGACGUGAAUGACAAUUCUCCGGUCUUCAGGAAGGCUGUUCUGGAACUAGAAUUUCGAAUGGACGUUCCCGGGACUCGUUUUCCUUUUGAGAUGGCCCGAGAUGCAGACGAGGAAUUUAACUCCAGCUGCCCUUACCAGCUCCCAGCAACCCAUCUUUCUUUCCUGAAUGAAAACCGGUAA